AUGAAGGUGAGCGCCGGCACGGGUGCCCCUCCGUGCUCGCCCGUGGUCCCGCUCCAGCCCGUGCGAGAGGAGCGGCUUCUGCUGCUGCUCGCGGUGGUCCUGGUGGCAGCCGGAGUGAGCGCAGGCUCUUCCAAGCCGCGGCUCCCCGACGGUGCUUCGGGGGCCCGCGUCUUGCAGAAGCGUGCCUCGACAGGAGCCCGAGCCACAGGAGCAGCGGGCGAGUGGUGGAAGGUCUGGUGGCAGAACUACAUACCAGAGGUCACCGACCCCACAGCAGUGCCACACCUGACCACGCCAACGCCUGAAGGGUAUGGACCGGAACCGAGGCCCCAGCGUCCUUCCCCACGGCCCCCACCUGCGUACCAGCCCCCACCUCCGCCUGUGGCGAGACCACCACCGCAAGCGCCCUCACCACGACCCCCACCUGCAUUCCCUCCUCCACCUCCUGUGGCCAGACCUCCACCUCCACCUCCUCCACCCAGACCCUCUCCAGGGCCCCCUCCGGUGGCGAGACCACCACCACCACCUCCUCCCCCCAGACCACCUCCAGGGCCCCCUCCGGUGGCCAGACCGCCACCGCAGCGUCCUUCUCCACGGCCCCCACCUGCGUACCAGCCCCCACCUCCGCCUGUGGCGAGACCACCACCGCAAGUUCCCUCACCGCGACCCCCACCUGCCUUCCCCUCUCCACCUCCUGUGGCCAGACCUCCACCACCACCUCCUCCGCCCAGACCCCCUCCAGGGCCCCGGCCUCCGGUGGCGAGACCGCCACCACCACCUUCCCCGCCCAGACCCCCUCCAGGGCCCCCUCCAGUGGCGAGACCACCGUAA